GUUAGAAGGCACGUUGAUUGAAUCAGAGGUCUUAAAUAUUUUAUUUCACUGUAGAAUAUUAAACAUAGUAAUGCAAGUACGUUUGUCUACAUUUUCGUCCCCAAUUUAGUUGUGUUGAGGUUAUGACAACAAGUUUACCCUAAGUACUGUGGGCUUCAGCCUGCGAAAAUGUCGAAUUCAGUGGAGAUUCCGCUGAGAGAUACAGACGAGGUGAUAGAGUUGGACUUUGACCAACUUCCUGACGGCGGAGAAGUCCUCAGCAUUCUGCGCCAUGAGCACGCUGAGCUUCAUUUCUGGGUCACCCUGGCCCUGGAGUACUACAAGCAGGGAAAGGUGGACGACUUCAUCCGGAUCCUGGAGGCGUCGCGCUCCGACGCCAACGUGGACUACCGGGACUAUGAGAAGGACCAGAUGCGGGCCCUGGACAUGCUGGCGGCGCACUACGUGCAGCAGGCGAACCGCGAGAAGAACAAGGACCGCAAGCGGGAGCUGUUCGCCAAGGCCACCCUGCUCUACACCACCGCAGACAAGAUCAUCAUGUACGACCAGAACCACCUGCUGGGACGGGCGUACUUCUGCCUGCUGGAAGGGGACAAGAUGGAGCAGGCGGAUGCACAGUUCAACUUUGUGCUGAACCAGUCGCCCAGCAACAUCCCCUCGCUGCUGGGCAAGGCCUGCAUCGCCUUCAACAAGAAGGACUACCGUGGGGCGCUGGCGUUCUACAAGAAGGCGCUGCGCACCAGCCCCGGCUGUCCGGCCGCCGUGCGCCUCGGCAUGGGACACUGCUUCAUGAAGCUGGGCAACCAGGAGAAGGCCCGCCUGGCAUUUGAGCGGGCCUUGCAGCUGGACCCCCAGUGCGUUGGUGCCCUCGUCGGGUUGGCGAUCUUGAAGCUGAACCAGCACGAGCCAGACUCAAUCCGCUCCGGGGUGCAGAUGCUGUCCAAGGCGUACUCCAUCGACUCCACCAACCCUAUGGUCUUGAACCAUCUCGCCAACCACUUCUUCUUCAAGAAGGACUAUCAAAAAGUGGGGCAUCUCGCCCUGCAUGCCUUCCACAACACGGAGAACGAGGCCAUGCGCGCGGAGAGCUGCUACCAGCUGGCACGCUCCUAUCACGUGCAGGGAGACUACGACCAAGCGUUCCAGUACUACUACCAGGCGACGCAGUUCGCUCCGGCGUCGUUUGUACUUCCCCACUUCGGUCUGGGGCAGAUGUACAUCUACCGUGAGGACACGGAGAAUGCGGCCAUAUGCUUCGAGAAGGUCCUGAAGUCGCAGCCGGGCAACUAUGAGACGAUGAAAAUCCUGGGGUCGCUGUACGCCAGCUCGUCCAGCCAGUCGAAGCGGGACAUAGCCCGCAGCCACCUGCGCAAGGUGACGGAGCAGUUCCCGGACGACGUGGAGGCGUGGAUCGAGCUGGCGCAGAUCCUGGAGCAGUCGGACCCGGCGGCCGCUCUGGCCGCCUACGGCACGGCCACUCGCAUCCUGCGCGACAAGGUGCGCGCCGACGUCCCCCCGGAGAUCCUCAACAACGUGGGCGCCCUGCACUACCGGCUGGGCAACCUGGAGGAGGCGAAGCGCAGCAUGGAGGCAUCGCUGGCCCGCUGCAAGCUGGAGGCUGAGCACGACCCACAGUACUACAACUCCAUCGCUGUGACGACCACUUACAACCUGGCGCGCCUAAACGAGUCACUGUGCCAGUUCGACCGUGCAGAGAAGCUCUACAAGGACAUCCUGAAGGAGCACCCCAACUAUGUUGACUGCUACCUGCGGCUGGGCUGCAUGGCGCGCGACAAGGGCCAGAUCUACGAGGCGUCCGACUGGUUCAAGGAGGCCAUCAACAUCAACAACGAGCACCCCGACGCGUGGUCCCUGCUGGGGAACCUCCACCUCGCCAAGAUGGAGUGGGGGCCGGGCCAGAAGAAGUUUGAGCGCGUCCUCAAGAACCCAGUGACGUCGGCCGACGCCUACGCCCUGGUCGCCCUCGGCAACGUGUGGCUGCAGACGCUGCACCAGCCGACACGCGACCGCGAGCGCGAGAAGCGUCACCAGGACCGCGCGCUCGCGCUGUACAAGCAGGUGUUGCGCAAUGACCCCCGCAACAUCUGGGCUGCCAAUGGCAUAGGGGCCGUGCUCGCUCACAAGGGCUGUGUGAACGAGGCCCGGGACAUCUUUGCUCAGGUGCGCGAGGCCACCGCAGAGUUUUGCGAUGUGUGGCUCAACAUUGCGCACAUAUACGUCGAGCAGAAGCAGUACGUCAGCGCAAUACAGAUGUACGAGAACUGCUUCCGCAAGUUCUACAAGUACCACCACGUGGAGGUGCUGCAGUACCUGGCCCGGGCCUACUUCAAGGCCGGCAAGCUGAAGGAGGCCAAGAUGACGCUGCUCAAGGCACGCCGCGUUGCACCCCAGGACACAGUAAUCCUGUACAACAUCGCGCUGGUGCUGCAGCGGCUGGCCACACACAUCCUGAAGGAUGAGAAGUCUACGCUCUCGACCGUGCUUCAAGCAGUGCAUGAGCUCGCCCUGUCCCAGAAGUACUUCCAGUACCUGUCGGUGCACGGGGACCGCAUGAAGUACGACACGACGCUGGCCGGGCUGGAGGCGCGGCAGUGCCAGGACCUGCUGUCCCAGGCCCAGUACCACGUGGCACGAGCACGGCGCGUUGACGAGGAGGAGAAGCUGCAGCGGCGCAAGCAAGAGGAGGAGCGCGAGGCUCUGCGUCUCAAGCAGAAGGAGGAGCAGACGAAGCAGGAGGAGAGGAGGCGACAGGAGUAUGAGGAGAUGAUGAAGAAGAGGCAGGAGUACCGGGAGAAGACGAAGGGUGCGCUGCUGUUCGGGGACAUGCCGAGCGAGAAGCCCGGGAAGAAGGGCGCCAAGCGCAAGACGGAGCAGUACGUGUCGGACUCGGGGGGCAGCGACGGCCCCGUGGACCGCGAGGGCGGUGGCGGAGGGGGGGAGCGCGGCGAGAAGCCCGGACGCAAGCGGCGACGCAAGAGCCCCGACGGAGAGAAGAAGAAGCGUGGAGGAGGUGGGGCCCGCAAGCGGAGGGAGAAGAACCAGGGACAGGGCUCCGACUCAGACGACGACCGCCCCAAAGCCAGGCAGGGCCGCAAGCCCACCAAGGAGCCCCGGGGCAGGAAGAAGCCGACGGCAGUGGACGACGGGCUGUCGUCGAAGCAGAAGAGUCGCAUCGUGUCAAAGGCGACCAUCUCCACCAGCGAGUCGGACAGCGACAGCAACCAGCUCAAGAUCGCGAGCGACGACAGCGGGAAGGAGAAGCCUCGGCAAAAGAAGAAACGUGUCACGUCUGGAUCGAGCCGCUCUCGCUCCCACUCCAAGUCGGGCAGCCGAUCGCGGUCCGGCAGUGGCUCGCGGUCACGGUCCCGCUCGAACAGCGGAUCACGGAGUGGUUCCGCAAAGUCCGGCUCGCGGUCCCGCUCCCGGAGCGGCUCAGCAAAGUCUGGCUCGCGUUCUCGCUCCCGGAGCGGCUCAGCAAAGUCCGGAUCCCGGUCUCGUUCCCGCAGCGGCUCAGCGAAGUCUGGCUCACGAUCUCGUUCCAGAAGUGGAUCCCGGAGUGGCUCAGCCAAGUCACGAUCAAGGUCGAAGUCUGGAUCCAGGUCCCGGAGCGGGUCGGCUGCAGCUUCGCGGUCCAGAUCCGCCAGCAAGUCGCCGUCCCGAUCUCGCAGCGGCUCAAGGAGUGGCUCUGGAAGUCGCAGUGGAUCUGGCAGCAGGAGCGCGUCUGGAAGCAGAAGCAGGUCACCUUCUCCGGAGACGAGGAAGUCGAUAUCGGCCAGCGAGGCUGGGUCGCCCCGGUCCAGUCCUGGGAAAGGCUCAGGUAAAUCUGUGUCAGAAAACGACAGCAAGAACUCCGGUAGUGACAGUGAUUAGCUGCCUCAUGGCCCAGGCAGCUUCCGACUCCUUCACUGGUUGCAUUUCCGUCAGAGGGAGUGUUGCUGUGUUUUUGUUCUUUGGAGUGAGCGAAACGUGGAAAAAGAUGUGGAACUGAUGAAUUUGAACGAUCAACCAGUAUGUAAUUUGUUUGGAGCUGUUUGUCAAUUUUGGAGUCGGAUAAUUGAUAGCAUUGCCGUCUUGUUUACAGUUUGAUCCCUUCUUGUUACCUUUGUAAUAGUUGUGCUAAAGUGAUCUAGUGUUUUUUUUUAAUCAAUUUUUUUCUCACUGUGUCAAUUUAUGACUGUAAGUUUUGAAAAUAAUUUUAGAAGUUUUUUAUUUCUGUUGCUUUUCAUGCUCUUUGUUUAGCAAAAUUAGAAAUAUUAUAAUUGUAAUGAACCCCUCAUUAUGUAGGAUCCUGUCUGCAGUAUAUUUAUUCAAAAUUUUCCUCUUCAAUUAGCUCAGUUCAAAAUACUAUUAAGCACAAAGUUCAUAGUAUUGAAAUAAAUAAAAGAAUAUUCUCUUUUAUGUCACCUGCCAUGAAAUAGGCAUGGGCUACUAAUGGUACCACUCUACUUGAUCUUUUAACAUAACACAAUGGAAUAUUAGAGCUGUAUUACUCAAUCAACGCUACUGCAUCCAUUAUCAAAUUAAUUUGGCUCUUGCUCACGGAUCAAAGCAGAUGUAAUGUGUCUGUUCAUUGUUAAAAAAAAUCACUGUGAUAAUUCUCAUAGUCCAGUUGCACAGGUAGUCAUGCAGACGAGACGCUUUGCUUCUGCACCCCUCAACACUCUGAAAAGUGUGUGAUUUUCCUGCAGAAACAGCCAGUGAGGGCUCAGCUUACUUCAGCAGCAUUCUCUUUUAUCCAAACUCUUAACAACUUUUUUUUUUACAAGGAAGUCUUUUUAGUUUCUUUUAAUUUUCUUGACACUUCAGCUAUCUAUUCUACAGUGAAAGUCAUAUUAUUCACCAAUGUCUGAUUACCAAUUUUUGUAAUAAUUAGGCCUUUGGGGAUUUAUAAAACUAAUUAUUUAUUGUUCGUAUUCAUUUCACUAUCACAGUUCACAAUUUUUAAUUUUUUUUUUCUGGACAGAGUCCUUUCUUCAUAAUUACCAAAUAUUCGUAACAAUCAAUUCAUAGAGUAGAGAAUUCAAAUUUUAAGGGAAUAAAAAGCAAAAACAAACCUUGCAACAUAUUUUAGAACUAACAUAAAAAUUUUACGUCGUUUUUGGUAAAUUUUAUUUACUGUUUUCUUCUGUUCCUAUAAAUUACAUUCAAAGUGUAGUGAAGUUGUUGCAUAUUACCUGGUGAAACUAUGGAAAUUUAGGUUGAGUCAAAAUAGUCAUUGCCAUUGCGCUAAACCAUUUACAAUUCUUUGUUAGAAUUUGAUGUUCCAACUGUUAUAAAAAACUUUUUUUUCACCUACUCAUGAUAUUUGAAUUUGAUGUUCGUAAACAAGAAUAUUUUGCUUUUUGUAUUCAAAUUCAGUUCAAACUGAUACAUAUACAGCUUAUUAAUAAUAAAACACUCAAAUUUAGAAUAUAAACCAAAGUAACACUAACACUAUUGACUUAAUUAUAAAUUUCUAUAAAUGCAUCUAAAAAGAUGCUCGUGGCUAUUUCGCCUAGUGUCCUAUUCGUAAAAAUGCCUCAAUGUUGUUGAUGCACAAGAACCAUAAGUACAUAUAUUUAUUCUGGGUGACGUUAUGUCAAAGUUUGUUAGGUUUUGGGCUGUGUAGCUGUUGUUCUGUAUUUAGGUGGAUCAUACCUUGCCAUCUUAUAUUUUGACAUUUUUGCUAUAAUUCCUUAAGUUAAAUAUAUAUGUAUAUAUACAUAUACACACAGAUAUAUAUAUAUAUAUAUAUAUAUAUAUAUAUAUAUAUAUAUAUAUAUAUAUAUAUAUAUAUAUAUUAGUUAUUUACUUGACUAGUAGAACUGAAGGAUUACUGUGUUUUGGAUGCUGCAAAGUGAAUAUACCAUAUUUACUCACAAAAGGGUUGCCCCUGCGUAUGGGUCACACCCUUACUUUUGGGCAAAAAAUUCUAACAUUUUCACCAUUAUGGUUGCUCUCGAAUAUGGGUUGCGCCAUAUAAAUGUCUCCAAUAGGAUACAAGUGAAAACAUUUUUGUCCGUGUCUCAGCUUAUUGCCACAUAAGAAACACAACACUGAUCUAUUUUCCUUGUCAAUUUUUUUUGACAGUUUCUUCAAUAAAAACAAGUACGCCCUUUACAGCAGUUUUGUCAUGAAUGAAAUGUUGCAGUAGAAAUCGUAGGAAAUCUCACACAAAAACAGUGUUUGCUUCACAAAAACCUAUAGAGAUAUAAACGUGAUGAUUGAGUACAGUGCCAGUUCACAGACAUUUACAACGAUAAUGAGGGAGGGAGAACCAUAAACACUCCUGCAUGGCCACACGUACUCUCUCUCACACACACACACACACAAACACAUAUGCAUGCACGCACACAGGCACGCCUGCACCCCCACUCCCCUCUUUCUCUCUGUGGCUGGUUUAUUUUUAGAUUCCCCCUCUUGCAGAGCCCCAGCCACGUCACUUACCGGCGCUAGCUGGGUAGCCGCCCAACAGGCGGCAGACGUAGCUUAAUGCCUUACACACACUGCUGAGCUAUUUAAAUUAAAUAAUUCAUAUUUACUUGUGACAUAUUUAUUAAAUACCAACACAGACUAGUUAUUUAAGAAAAUAGUCAACCACAACAGUGCAAUGUUAACAAUGUUAAUUUUAUUUUUACCCAAAAUGGAAAAUAUGCAUAAGGGUAGCAGUUCAUUUUACUAAACAAAAAAUCAGCAUAAAAUUUGUGACCCAUAUGCGGGUAAAUACGGUAGAAUUGAAUGCUAAAAAAAUUUAAACAAUCUAAUACAAUUGUGAAUAUUUUUCUUAGCAAGACUCUAUUAAACUUAAUUUAUAAAAAAAAAUGAAAUGAGUGAUGUAAACAAAUAACAUUAUUGGUUAAUGGUGGUACAUAUUGGCUCAACGAAGUAUUCUUAAGAUAUUAUUAAAACAAAAUCCUACAUAAACAACAAUCUAUCCACUAUUGUAAAUAUCCUUGUAUUGAUACACUUUCUAUGCACUUAAAAUAAAACUGCAUGUAACUGAAGAUGCAUGAAGCUAAGGCUUUUCGUUUUUCAAGUUUCGCAACUUACUGAAAUCUUUGCAUUAUGUUUGAAGCUUGGGAUGAAACAAAUUGCUAAAUUCCUGGAAAAAGUUAAAUCAAUUAUCUAAAACAGCUUUGAUUUGAUUUGCUAAGUCGAAGCAUUGCACAGGCCUAACUAUAUAAAUAUGUAAUGACCUUUGAAGAAUUAUUUAUGCUGUUACUGUCUGGUAUUAAAAUUAAUCCUUGCAACUAUGUUUCUGUGAAUAUUGUUUUUUACAUUUAAAUUGAAUUGUGAAUCAAAUAUUACAAAGUUCAGGAAUAUCUGUUAUUUUUCCAGUCUAAUUUUUACAUAUAUUAUUUUUCUCACUCCACAGGAGUUCAAGAAAAAUUGAUCCACAUAAAGUAAAAUAUAAAAUAAAGGUAUAUACGUACAUAGAACCAUAAUGAAGAGGUGUAAAGUAAAGAGAGAAAAAACCUGGCAAUGCAAUUUCGUAAACCAGUAAAUUUUAAGUUUGAAAGUUGUGUUGUUGGUCUGAAUAUAUGCACAAAGUAGAGUAUUAUUAAUUAUUUUAAACUAUAGACACUGAUUAUUUGUUAAAUAUAAAAACAAUGUGUUCAAGUUGCAGAAAACAAAUCUAAAUUUCUAAAUAAAUCAUCUUAGCACUAUACAUGUUACAUUUUUUUUUCUCAGUAAUAAUUUUUUGUGAAUAAGGCCCACGUGUGAAACCAAUAAUUUUAAAAUAUAUAUUAAAUUUGAAAUGUUGAAUCAAUAUCAAGUUAUUCAUGAAUAUAAAAUAUUUUUCAAAUAAUUGCAGACUCCUACUUGCAACCGCUUAUUUUCCUUGAGCAUCUUCAGUUGAAGAAGUACAACUUAGUUACACAGCUAGCAAGUGUUGGUUUCAAUAAAGCUAAAGAUAAAAUGUGGUUGUUCAAGCCUAUAAAACUAAACAACACAUCUGUAUUAGAAAAUGUGGUCAGUUUAUGAAAAAAGAAAUCCUAUAUGGUGGUUCUGAUCCACUUUAGCUGUGUGGAAUGCAACAGUUAUACAUCUACUCCAUUGUUAUAGCUAUGUAUGAUCUGUAUCAGGUUUCUUAAUUUACCUGCCUUUUGUCAGUAUGACCUUCAUAACAGUUUCCUCACCACUGCUUCAUACAUAUUCUCUUUAUACAGUUUUUUUCUUAUAAAGACUGACACCCCGUGGUUGUUACGUAAUUUUAAAAAAUUUAUAAUCACUUGUUGAGACAUGUGUUAUACUUAAAUAAAAAAUUUUCAACUGUGUAAUUGUAGUUAGUUAAAAAUAUAUGUAAGUGUAUUUUAUACGGCACCAUUUUUAAAAUAUAAAUAUUGUCUUAAUAUUAUAUCAUAUCCCAUGUAUCGAAACUUAUGUAACCGUAGAACUUUUUUUUUUUUACCUUUUUUUACAGUGACCAAGGUAAUGUCGUGUAAAUAAAGAAAAACCUGAAACAUCAUCUCAUAAACAGUUAAUCGAAGUUGUAUUGUACAUGAAACCAAAUGUAAGUUAGUGGAAGUUUGGUGGUCUUUUGAUAUUGGAAAAUUAUAGUUCAACCUCUUGAAUUUAUUUAGUGUAAUUUAAUUUUAAUGUGUGAAACUCAAACAAGUUUAUAUGUCAAAUAUUUGUUCUCUCUUACAGUUUUUUUUAGUUGGGAAAAAGAAAAACAGAGUUUACUUGUAACAUUUAGAAGUGAACAGAAAUAAUAACCUUAGUCUAGCUAUGCCUAGUGUGGGUUAUCAUUGUGUGCUGUCAUGCGUUUAGUGAAUGGCAUUUUUAAUUAUUAUUUUUCGAACAAAAAACAUACACGGGAACUAGGAAAAAAAUGUUUAGAAGUAGGGUGUUUACACAUAACUAAGUCAUGAAAAAGUAACAAACUAGACUGGUUAUAAAUCUUUUGUUUCUAGCAGCCAUUAGUUAAAUCACAUUUUGUCGCUCAUGGAGAAUGUCAACGUGGUUAUGUAAAGAGUCAUCUCGGAAAAAAGUUUUAGCUAUCCAACGUAAAAAAGUCUGUAAGUUCCUGUUUUGCAUAUGUAUUUAUAUAAAAAAUGACCCAAUGAUUUAAAAAAUAGUGGUAAGAAAAUUUUAUUGAAGCUCCUGAAAAAGUCCUGAAACUAGUUCUCCAGUUAUUAAUAGAGCAUUAUUCUACUCAUGUCGAUGUAGCAAUGAAAGUGCUCAUCAUUGGCCCUACCGCACGCCAGGAUAUAUUUUUACAUUUUAGCUGAUGUAAUGGUCUUUGGAAGUCCUUGCUUUCCCAGUUUGUAGUCCUUGAAUUUUUAGUGUUUGCAUGAUUAGAAUGGUUGUGAAUAAUAGUGAGUGGCUAGUGGUGAUGUUAUGCAUUUUUGCAAUCAAAUUGGUACAAUGUUCUUAUUGCCUACAUAUUUGUUUGUUUAUUCCUAAGAAGAAAGUUCAUAGCAAAUACUAAAGGUUUAUGAGCAUUCACAAACAUUCCUAGUAUUUUCUUUUAUGUAUUUGCUCUAUAAUAGUGUUAAAAAAAAUAAUUUGUAAAAAAAGAAAAUUUACUUAUGUAUGUAGCUUACUGAUUUAAACUGAAAAAGAAAAAUGUCUUAACUUAUAUCAAUAUUAUCAGUUAGGUCCUUAAAAUGUACUUAUGAACUCUUGAAUAGGACAUGAAAUUAUCUACAAGAACCCUGUAAUACUUGGUGCAAUUCAACCUUUUUUCACAAUAUCGUAUUCAAACUAAAACUGUCCUGUGCAAGAGAAUAACAUAUAACAUGAUUUUUAAAGAAAAAGUACCAACAAUUUUACAGUAAAGUGUUUAUGGAUGUUUUUUCUGUGUUUAAAUGUUUCAGAAUUUAAAAACUAGUGAUGGGUCAAAUCCAAAAUUUCUUCAAUUUGAAUUACAAAAACCAUUUCGAAUCUAUCCCAUAAAUCCCACAAGAAAUAAAAAAUAUUCAAUAAUUAAUUGAAACAGUCAACUUUUAAAGUGUUUGUUUCAAGAACUAAGUUUUCUGAAUUACCUAAUAAGUAUGUGUCGUAAUUUUAUUUAUAUAGUUGCAUUUUUAAAAUAAAAUAUCUUAGGGAAUGGCAAUGAGAGAGAUAUGAAGAAAAUCACAGUUCUUCUAAACUUCAGAGUUGUCACUUGUCAGUGUUGAAUUUUUGAAUUUACUAUAGUUCUUACAGCAUUUUUCUUGAUAUCUUUUAAACGCUAGAGAUUCAAUGGUAUUUGAAGGUUCGAGAAUUCAACCAGCCCAUCAUCAUUAAAACAUAAACCUACAAUAACAUUGUCGUACUUUUUCUUCUAUAGCCAUGUUCUUGUUGCAGUGCACAAUACGGUUUUCAUUAAAAAGUAGUGAUAUUGAUAAAAUUUAUGGAAAAUAGCCUAGUAGUAGUUUACAUGUAAAAUCCUAUCCCGGUGUACAGCUAUGUCUGUAGGCAGGCAUGCCCUUUUAGUGGUUCUAGAAAUUCACACAUUACACUGAGCUUCAAAUUGGUAGUGUGGGAACUACUUCAAAAAUAAUUUUCUGUUGUAAACACCUAACUCUGUGGCUGUGUAUAUUUACUUGUGUAUGUGUGUUCUUGAAUCACAAAAGCAAAUUGUAUUUAGAGUGAAUGAUUUCGGUGAGUAAAUAUGUUUUAUGUAUACAUUUUGUCUUGAGUGAGUGUGACACAAAUAAAAAAACAAAAAAGUAUUUAAAAUAUAGU